AUGUCCUUAAACAAGAUUCAAGAGCCACCUCAAGCUCCUCCAAGAUUCAGUGACACGCCGUCAACGGUUCUCAGCAAGGCUAAGGAUCUAAUAGAGCGCUCUCGAAAGGCGAAAGAUGAGCUUAUGGCACAUGUGCCGCUAGAAGGCGCAACUUUUGCGAAUGUUCUAGUACCACUCGCAAACGAUGAAAAUUUAUUGGCUCAUGAAUUUGAAAUUCUUAAAUUCUAUCAAUCUGUGUCGACCGACCCGGAACUACGUGAUGCAUUAGGGGAGGCUAAGAAGCUUUUUAAUGAAUUUGUUUUUGAGACGGAGACCCGGGAAGACCUUUACAACCUAGUCAAGUCGGUUUUCCACAAAAGCAACAUUGAUAAACUAGAUCCGGAAUCACGUCGACUGUUAGAGAAGAAAUACAAAGAUUAUUACCGGAAGGGAUUGGGACUGCCCGAUCAGCUGAGAAUCGACUAUAAAAAGAUUCUGAACAGCGAAAAUGGGGGCAUCUGGCUUACUCUGCAGGAAUUGAAUAGAGUACCUACGGAAUUUAUAUCCAGCUUGCAGAACAGAAAAACGGAUGAAAAUCAUUCGGGCAAAAAUGCGUCUAUCCUUAAGGAGGCUGUGGUGCUUCGCGAUGAAGCUACUCGGCUGCUUAGAUAUUCAAAUCACGCAUCGUUCAGAAUAGAAGAGAAGAUGGCCAAAGACUCUAAGACAGUGGAGAUUUUCUUAGAUGACUUAUGGUCUAAGUUGAUGAGCAGUGGUCAAAAAGAGCUUGCCUAG